UCCUGCCGCCGCGCGUCCGCCUCCUCCGGAGCUGGGAGCGGGCGCAUGAUGGCGGCGGCGGCCGGGAGCGCUAGCGGCGGCGGCAGCAGCGGCGGCGCGGGCAGCAGCAGCAGCGACACGUCCAGCACCGGCGAGGAGGAGCGGAUGCGGCGCCUCUUCCAGACGUGCGACGGCGACGGGGACGGAUACAUUAGCAGGAAUGACUUAUUGAUGGUCUGUCGCCAACUGAAUAUGGAAGAGUCUGUGGCUGAGAUCAUGAACCAACUGGGCGCAGAUGAAAAUGGGAAGAUUUCCUUUCAGGAUUUUAUAAGAUGCCGCAUGCAGCUUGUUCGAGAAAUUAGGAAGGAAGAGGUUGGCCUUUCUGAGAAGUCAGACAACUCCUGUAAGAAGAAGAAACUGAGGGAUAGAAUUGCUUCCUGGCCCACAAGCAGUGACAACAGUUUGGGAGCCGUAUCAGCAGCCAGGGAGAGCUGGGAAUACGACUCGGGUGCCAGGGACCUCCACAGCCCAGACCUUCAGAGUCAGUCGGCCCUACAGAAGCUUCUCGAGUAUGGCGGAAGCUCGUCCCACCAGCAGGCUGCUGCCCUCCACAAACUGCUCACACAGGCCCCUCGUUUCAGCAGCUCUGUAGGAGGAAGCUAUCUAGAACUGGCCAACACGCUCCACCUGGCAGCCCUGGCAUCGCUAAAAGGAGACAUAGCAGAGCUUAAUAAACGCCUGCAGCAAACGGAGCGGGAACGGGACCUUCUGGAAAAGAAGUUGGCCAAGGCACAGUGUGAACAGUCCCAUCUCAUGAGAGAGCAUGAGGAUGUCCAGGAGCGGACGACGCUUCGAUACGAGGAGCGCAUCACGGAACUCCACAGCAUCAUCGCCGAGCUCAAUAAGAAGAUAGACCGUUUGCAAGGCACCACCAUCAGGGAAGAAGAUGAGUACUCAGAGCUUCGAUCAGAACUCAGCCAGAGCCAGCAAGAGGUCAACGAGGACUCUCGAAGCGUGGACCAGGACCAGACCUCUGUCUCCAUCCCUGAAAACCAGUCCACCAUGGUCACUGCUGACAUGGAUAACUGCAGCGACCUGAACUCAGAGCUGCAGCGGGUGCUCACGGGCCUGGAGAACGUCGUCUGCUGCAGGAAGAAGAGCAGCUGCAGCCUGUCUGUGGCCGAGGUGGACAGGCACAUUGAGCAGCUCACCACGGCCAGCGAGCACUGCGACUUGGCCAUUAAGACAGUGGAGGAGAUCGAGGGGGUCCUCGGCCGGGAUCUGUAUCCCAACCUGGCUGAGGAGCGGUGUCGCUGGGAGAAGGAGCUGGCUGGGCUGAGGGAAGAGAAUGAGAGCCUGACCGCCAUGCUGUGCAGCAAAGAGGAGGAGCUGAACAGGACCAAGGCCACCAUGAACGCUGUCCGGGAGGAGCGGGACCGGCUCCGCAGGAGGGUUCGAGAGCUUCAAACUCGACUGCAGAGUGUGCAGGCCACAGGGCCCUCCAGCCCUGGCCGCCUCACUUCCACCAACCGUCCGGUCAACCCCAGCACCGGGGAGCUGAGCACGAGCAGCAGCAGCAAUGACAUUCCCAUCGCCAAGAUUGCCGAGAGGGUAAAGCUGUCCAAGACCAGGUCCGAAUCUUCAUCAUCCGAUCGACCAAUCCUGGGCUCAGAAAUCAGCAGCAUCGGGGUAUCCAGCAGCGUGGCGGAACACCUGGCUCACUCUCUCCAGGACUGCUCCAACAUCCAGGAGAUCUUCCAGACGCUCUACUCACACGGGUCUGCCAUCUCCGAAAGCAAAAUUAGAGAGUUCGAGGUGGAAACAGAACGCCUGAAUAGCCGUAUUGAACACCUUAAAUCCCAAAACGACCUCCUGACCAUAACCCUGGAAGAAUGCAAAAGCAACGCUGAGCGGAUGAGCAUGCUGGUGGGCAAAUACGAAUCCAACGCCACGGCGCUGCGGCUGGCCCUGCAGUACAGUGAGCAGUGCAUAGAAGCCUACGAGCUCCUCCUGGCCCUGGCUGACAGCGAGCAGAGCCUCAUCCUGGGGCAGUUCCGGGCGGCUGGCGUGGGGUCCUCCCCGGGAGACCCGUCAGGGGAUGAAAACAUCACUCAGAUGCUCAAGCGCGCGCACGACUGCCGGAAGACGGCUGAGAAUGCGGCUAAGGCCCUGCUCCUGAAGCUGGACGGCAGCUGCGGGGGCGCCUUCGCCGUGGCCGGCUGCAGCGUGCAGCCCUGGGAGAGCCUGUCCUCCAACAGCCACACCAGCACCACCAGCUCCACCGCCAGCAGCUGCGACACGGAGUUCACGAAGGAGGACGAGCAGAGGCUGAAGGACUACAUCCAGCAGCUCAAGAACGACAGGGCGGCAGUCAAGCUGACCAUGCUGGAGCUGGAGAGCAUCCACAUCGACCCCCUCAGCUACGACGUCAAGCCCCGGGGAGACAGCCAGCGGCUGGACCUCGAAAACGCCGUGCUGAUGCAGGAGCUGAUGGCCAUGAAGGAGGAGAUGGCUGAGCUAAAGGCCCAGCUCUACCUACUGGAGAAAGAGAAGAAGGCCCUGGAGCUAAAGCUGAGCACCCGGGAGGCCCAGGAGCAGGCCUACCUGGUGCACAUCGAGCACCUGAAGUCCGAGGUGGAGGAGCACAAGGAGCAGCGCAUGCGGUCCCUCAGCUCCACCAGCAGCGGCGGCAAGGACAAGCCCGGCAAGGACUGUGCUGACGCUGCCUCCCCAGCUCUGUCCCUGGCUGAACUGAGGACCACACACAGCGACAGCGAGCUGGCUGCAGAGUUCGCCAACGCCAUCCGUCGAGAAAAGAAGUUAAAGGCCAGGGUUCAAGAGUUGGUGAGUGCCUUGGAACGACUCACCAAGAGCAGUGAAAUCCGACACCAGCAAUCAGCAGAGUUUGUCAAUGACCUAAAGAGAGCCAACAGCAACCUGGUGGCCGCCUACGAGAAAGCAAAGAAAAAGCAUCAGAACAAACUGAAGAAGCUGGAGUCUCAGAUGAUGGCCAUGGUGGAGAGACACGAGACCCAAGUGAGGAUGCUCAAGCAGAGAAUAGCUCUGCUGGAGGAGGAGAACUCGAGGCCACACACCAAUGAAACUUCACUUUAGUCGGCACUCGGGCCCCAAAGUUCUGCCCGUGAAAGCUCAACUGUAGUGGGUCACAGAAGAGAGAAGGGCCCUGGGGACAGAGGACCUGUUGAGAGAAUUAAGGAAGGUUGGCAGGUAGGUGACUGCCCGGGCAGUGCAGUGCCAUGGACUAGCCCUGGGGGUGAGCGUCCCUGGUGACGCCGUGUGGGCUGUGUCCCACAGACUCACGAACAGCAUGUAAAUACCUGCUGUUUGCGUGCUCAGCAGGCCUUGCUUCUGCUUUCAACGUCCCAGGUGUUUGUUUGAUAGGAUUUCCCACUUUUUGCCUCGGUUCAGUAGAUAGUGACCUUAUCUCUGGCAUCCCCGAUCUCUCCUCUGACCUCCUUCGGAGGGAAAACUCUGACACACACAUGGGUGUGUAUAUGUCUUGGUAUCUAGGAGAUUUACUCACCAUAAGGCAGCUUUGGUGUUUAAGUCCCACCUACCAACUCGGAGACACAAGCUGUCACACAGCAGAUAGUACACAGGUGUCACAGUCCUAGAUGGGAGUUACAGGGCGAGCAAGCCCCAGGCUGUGCCUGAACAGCGGUGUGUGGGGGAAUGAGACUGCCUUCAGCUCCCACUGUGGAGGCAGGGCCCAGGAGGGUGCUCUCCUGAUUUUGGGACUGCCCUGCCUGAUGGGGCCUCAUCAAUAGCCAAGGCUGGGAGCUGGGCUGAUGCAUAUAUUGGAACUAAAAUUUUUAUCUGGAAUUUCUUCAAGGACAGAGGGGGAUUUUUAAUGCUUCCUCACCCCUGGGCACUCUAUAAUUGCCGUUUGCAUGAACCAGAGUUCACCCACGGGAGUAUAGACAUAGCUCUGGAAAUGCCUCUAUUUCUCUAAGGGCAAGAAGCAGGACACCGAGUAGUUACCAUUUUGCAGGCUGACCCCAUCUAUUUAAGAGAUUGCUACUGAACCACGGGUUCAAGACUUCACUCCUGUUGUGAUAAAGAGCAGGGGGUGAGGAAGUGGUCCUCCUCCAGGCUUCCUUUUCUCCCCCAGACUUGGUGAUCAUUAGCAUAUGGUGCUUAAACAGGUUAAAUUUCAAGCAAAAUGCUGACAGGACUGGGUAGGACCAAAGUACCUGAAUUCUUUCAGGAAGGGCUUCCAUCUCAGACUCAUUAUUCCUCUUCCACUGUUUCAGUCUUUCUUUGGUAGUUGCCCUACACUGAGACAUUUUAAAGGACCACUUGCCAUUUAUUUUGUGGCACCUGAAAAUUCACCCAAGUGCCCUAUGAGAAAUACAUCCCAAUGCAAUGCUACAGUUCAUACAAAGGUUUGCUUAUGGCCAGGUCAUUGCGUCAGCAUCCCCACGUCCACAGCUAAACAUCUGCUUUCAGAGCACAUGAAUCCUGUUCCUCAGCCUUCUGCCCUCUGGUGGAGGACACUGGAGCUACCGCCUUGGAUGGCAGAGUCUCAACCCCAAAGCAGUCACCUUUCUCAGGUAGGCAGUGAGGCUGUCAGUCUGCAGGAGCCAGCUCCCCGGGGCUCUGAUCACUGCAGAGGGUGCCCGCUGCUCCCUGUCUGUUACGAAUCAUUCCGUCAGAGUUGGUUCUUGUUUGUGAUUUCUUAAAAUCAAUUUUUACUCUUUGGGUAAAAUUUCAUUUUGUCACAAGGAAAAUGUUUUGGUUGAAAAGUAUGUCCAAAAAUGGUUUAACAGGAAAAAUCAGUUUUCCCAGCUUGCCUAGGGAACCGUCCUCCUACAAGCUAACUGGAACGUGCGUGCAAGGUGGGAAUGCAGCCAUGGCUUUCUCUUGCAAAUGGAAAGUGUAGCAGACACAAGGAAUCGAAGCCUGUCUGUUGCCCUACCAUGCUUGCCCCAAGUUAGAACUGAGCGCCCACCCUUGUAGCGUCCAGGAGCCCCUGUAUUACUGAGGCUGCCUGGCCUCAUUUUCAGUUUAUAUGUCAACAUAAUACUUCUUAAAUAUGUGGUGAUCGGGUAAAAACUAUAUCCCCAGUAACACUGUUACUUUUCUAACUGUGCAGAAUAAAAAAGCUAUUAUUAAAUAGUUGAUUUCCUUUCCUUGUAUUUUUCAAAAACCCCCUAAGACGAAAUCCUUGCUGAAGGUGAACAGGCACUGACUGGGCUGUGCCGACUGCGGAGCCCACUGAAACUGCCUUGUUGGAGGGCUGCAGGCACUGGGCAUCGUCCUUCUUUGUAACCUGAACUGUUGUUCCCUUUCUGAGUGCAAGAUGGUUUUAUAUCAACAUCUCUGUCAGGGGUGAAACAAUGUUUUCAAUUCUAACUUGUAUGAGGUUUUAAAAGUCUUUAGACCUUUAUAUUUUUGGUUUCUUACCCCUUUUAGGCAGUUACCUUCUCUGAGUUCAGUCUUUGGCCCUUAGAGCAAUGGGCAUGAGAAGGGCCGACCUCAUGGUUCUCUUGCAGUGUAUUUCCCACCACUGAACUGAGGCAAAAAUCAGAAGACACUUGUGUCACUGGCGGGCCAUCAGUGUGUGGACCUCCCCACUGGAUCUGAUGCUCUGCCAAAACUGACACCAACUCCUGUGUGGUGAGAUGUUAUUUGAAAGUUUCACCAAAACCUACUUAUGAUAAAUAUCUACAUCAUUGGACAGCUGGCACUUAACCAUGCCCUGACCCCAGGGGUGUACUCGAUGUCUCAUUGUUGCCAUCUGCUGGCAUGCCAGGUAUCUGAAGUUAACAUCCAUGCUGCCUGAAACUGGAAAUGUUAGGUCUAUAAAAAAAUGAAGUGCCAGUUUAAGGUAACUGCUUACUUCUCCUUUGAGAUGCAUGUACCUCUUACUAAUCUUUCCUCUGAACCUGCAGCAAUACUUUACAGGAAACUCAGAGAACUCUGAAUCAGAGCUUUGUCAUUCUACUUUUCCAGAAAGGCUCCAAAUUAGAGCCUCUAAGGCUUGUUCUUAAAAACCAUUAAGAUGUGGCUAGUAAGGAUUUUACUACUCUUAAGUAUCUAGUAUCAGACAGUCUCCCAGUCCCUAGCUCUACAUAGAUCAGCUGUCCCCAACCUUUUCUGCACCAGGAACAUGGUUUCCUAGAAGACAAUUUUUCCAUGAAAGGGCGGGGGCAGGAGUGCUGAGCUCAGGUGGUAACGCCAGUGAAGUUUCGCUGGCUCCCCAGCCGCUCCCCAGUCCCCUGACCCGAGGACUGCCCGUGUCAGCAGCGUGAACUAAGAACCUCUGUAGCUGCCUGUUUCCUUCUAAAAUGGUCUUCCCACAGCCCACAAAAAUGAUCAUGCAGUUAAUUCUAUCAUUCAUUAUCUUAAACAUCUCAAUUCUAUCAUUCAUUAUCUUAAACAUCUCAAGAGUUUAGGGUGCCAUACUUGUGUUUUAAGUGAACUGACAAGAAAGACAUCAAGACUACAAAAAAAAAACACCUUUUACAAAUGACUUCUGAAAGUCAUAAGGUUCAAAAAAGUUUUAAGUUAUUUGGGGAUACAAAACACGGAGUAUGUCUCAUCCAUGAAAGUAUUUAAAGUGAAAAAUUUGAUCAUUUUCACUAAGUUCACAGCUGAACCUAUUUCUAGAUGCAGCAAGCAAAGCUAGUUAGUUUCCAGAGGCCAAAGGGGGGACGAGUUAUCUGAUGAUUGAAUGUUUGCAUUGAGUUUAAUUAGGGCACAGUCAUAGAUAGCACUGCCAAGGGUGUUUUAUUACGGGGUAGGAGACAUAUGUACCUUUUUGUUGUUUUCCUAUAGUAGGUGACACUGAAAUCAUAUAGCAAUUAUUUUCUAUUUACCCAAAAGAAUGCCCUAUUUGACAAGAAUACAAUCACCACUUUUCACUGAGGUUUCCAAACUCCCUAGUGCUUAGAGGCUGGGCCCUACUUUGUAGAAGACACAAAACUAGUUAGAAAACAAAAAUUAUGCCUUUGCUGCACACACAGUUCUCCCUGAAGUUUAUUCAAAUCCCAUUCUAGUUCACCGAAACCCCAUGUGUAUACAGGCCAGCUUGAAGUUAGCCUUGAACCUGUGUCCUCCUCCAGGUCCUCUUGUUUCACACACACUUUCUGACUGACUACAUUUGUAUUCACUAAUAUAUGCUACAGGCUGUCAAGCAAACUUUUUAGAACUGGAAUCAGAAUUACCAAUUAAUGUGAUACUGGCUGCUACCACAGCAUCACUGAGCUAUUAAAAAACAUACAUGUAGAAAAGGGUACAAGUUGGACUAGCAGCUGUUCAUGAAUUCCUGUUUUGCUCAUUCUUGUAUAAAGGAAUCUAGUUUCACAUACAAUUUGCAUUUUUGGUUAAGAGUUAUACUAGACACACUCUCUAUCGCUCACAUCUGAGAUUUUGUAUGUGGCCGAGACAAAUCAUUCUGUCCCGGUAAUAGCAAACAGUAUUGGAUAAUCAUAUCCUUGACCAGUGCUACCUGAUUUUUUGAGUCAAGGCAGAAACAAAUCACUCACCCACUAAUCACCGGAAACACUAGCUCAACAGAGCCACCAAGCUAUAUACAAAAUGCCCCCAUUCACACUGAUUACCUGCUCACUUGUUCCUGCUCUACACUCACUUUUGCACUUUUUGCAAAUCAAAUCCGUGUGGAAACGUUCUGUUUGUAGAACUCCUAGUAUUCACUUAUAGUGCUCAUGUCAGGACGGCCGAGCAAGUAAGAGCCCUUAGUAACCUGCUUCUGACUGAACCCAGUGCACAGAUAAUGAAACACGUUCCCUUCAUUUCUGAUGUUUUAGACACUGUCGACUUAUUUACCCUGCAUGAGAUUUAAGUUUCCCAUUAUUUGACAAUGUGCUACUUACUUCUACGCCACUUGAAUGUACUGUCAGUUAUUAAAGCACAUGUGACUAAGUUUGCAUUUGUCAGUAUUGUUCCACUGUCUGUACUGAAAGUCUCCUUUUAAAGUUUCCACUUAGCACGCUGUACUAUAAAACCUUGUAAUUUUCUAGAUUCUUUACGUGUAUGCUUUAAAUGUUUCCAGAUGCCUUUAGUUUUAGCUGCUGUAAAAUACUUUGUUAUUUGAUAUAGAAUUGUUUUUAAAAAUCUCCAUUUAUUUAUACAAAGACAUUUAUAAUAUUUUACAAACAUUCUUAUAUUCUGAAUAAAUAUUUCUAAUUCCAA